ACUACCCUUCAUGAUCAGGGGCCUGAUUAUGAAGAGUUCGUCAAGGCAGCAACAUCUGACAAUGAAAUUCAGUUUAUUGAAACAAGCAGCCCAGAAAUUGCCAAAGUUCUGUUUCCUGAUGCUAGGCAUACUUAUCCUUUCCUUGGCCUAACUAAAAAUGAACCGGAGAGAUACACUACAUAUGAGGACACCUUUAAUGUAGAUGGGAUCUUGCAAUUUUUGGACAAUAACAAGUUCCCCCUAAUUACUGUACUGACUGAAUUUAAUUCUGCCCAAGUAUACUCCAGCACAAAGAAGCUCCAGGUGUAUAUUUUUGCUGAAGCUGAUGAUUUGAAGAAACUCACUGAACCUUUGCAAGAAGUUGCUAGGAAGUUCAAAUUAAAGAUAAUGUUGAUAUUCGUAGAUAUCAAAGAAGACAACCUUGCAAAGCCCUUCCUCACUUUAUUUGGUCUAGAGGAUUCAGAAGAUAUAGUUGUGACAGCUUUUGAUUACAACAACAGCUUCAAGUAUCUGUUGGAGUCAGAUCCUACACCAACAAAAAUAGAAGAAUUUUGCUUGGGGCUUUUUCAUGGAACAUUGUCACCAUUCUUCAAGUCGCAGCCAAUCCCUGAUAAUAAGGAUGCCAGUAUAUUGACUGUUGUUGGCAAGACAUUUGAUGAUUUGGUUCUUCGAAGCCCCAAGAAUAUUCUUUUAGAGGUACAUACACCAUGGUGCAUAACCUGCGAAGCAACCACCAAGCAAAUGGAGAAGUUGGCCAAACAUUUCAGGGGAUUGGAAGACCUAGUUUUUGCAAGGAUUGAUGCUUCAGAGAACGAACAUCCAAAGCUACAGGUAGAAGAAUAUCCAACGUUGUUGUUCUACACCUCCAAGGACAAGCAAAACCCGAUUAGAUUUUCUACAAAAUCUGGCUCCAAGGAGUUAGCGUCCCUGAUCAACAAACACCUAAAGAACCAGGAUGACAUUUCAAAGGAUGAGCUGUAGAGCAUGGUCAUACUCGAUUUUGAGAAAGAAUAUGGCCGGCAAAUCAUGCAUAGCAAUUAUACUGGACUGGAGAGUUCUUUUUCCAAAUGCUCUUUGGUUGCUCAAGCUGAUGAGUUUCAUUGAUAUAAUAUACAGGACAAUAUAUUUCUCAGUCUUGUUUUGUCAAUUUCCUCCAAUUCGUAAAGAGCGGUUACUUGUGAAAA